UACAACAGACCGCAGCAGUUCAUAAUAUUGAGAACAAAUAAAGUUCUUGCCUCUCUUUAGCAUGCCGGGUGAAGAAAUUCAGAUCUUUGUAAAAGGUCUUGAAAAUACAACCAGGAUAGUAAGGCUAGAUGAGGAUGCCAGCAUUACAGCCUUAAAGAAAGCUAUAUGCAAGAUGUUCGAUUUAGAUGAGGACUCGGACUUAAGAAUGCUUUUUACAACUAAAGACCUUCGCGAAAAGUCACCAAACGGCAGAGACAUGUAUCUCAAAGAUUAUGAAAUCAAAAGCGAGGCAACCAUAACGCUCGUGCUCCGCCUUCAUGGGGGAUCUAACCAACCACCGGAAAAGAUGUACGAUGGGGAGGUGGAACUGACCACUCUACCGGACAUGUUCACCCUCGAUGACUCGCCAGAUGGACAGCGGGCGAAAAUGCCAUGUGGCCAUGCGAUAAGUCCCGAAUCUUUGACGGCGUUCUGUCGCAGUCUGUUGACCGCUGGAAAAUACGACUUUCGAUGUCCGUAUAAAGCUAAAGCGUCGGAUCCGCAUUGCAAUUCAAAGUGGGAGUAUUUUACCGUGAAACGUCUCGCUGUUCUCACCGACGGAGAGCGCGAUGAAUUUGAAACAAAAAUGGCUGAAAAUUAUCUUCGGAAGUCAGUUGGUAUUCAAGAUUGUCCAAAAUGCAAGUCUUUCUGUGAACGACAGAAAAAGACAGAUAGGCGAGUCGUUUGCCCUAUUUGUACACGAAGAAAGAGCAGAAUCUACGAAUUUUGUUGGUUUUGCUUGAAAACGUGGCUGUCAAGUGGAACAAGCGACUGCGGCAACGUUGGGUGCACUGGAGAGGACCCGAGGCUGCGAUUGAUCAAGACGUGCCCGAAGAAAAAGGUGGUUGAAGUAGAGUGUCCAGCAAUCAGGGCGUGUCCUACAUGCGGCCUGCUGAUUGAACACAAGGCCAACUGCAAGCACAUGGAUUGCCCUUGUGGUCAGAAGUUCUGCUUCAUCUGUUUGCAGAAAGGCGAUAGCAAUGGUCGAUAUCCGUGCGGCCUUUGGAACUCCAAGUGCGAACCGGCUCCUAUCCAGACUGAUAUGCCCGGGCAGUAAUGGAACAGAAAUAACAACUCGCAUAAUACAGGGGCUUUCUAAGGAAUUCCCUUGAUCAACACUUACAUGCUACGGACAAAUGUGAUGAUGAGCAUGAAAUUGAUAUGUUAAAGUUUGCUUAAAAGGCUUAAUAUUGCAUUGCGCACUUUUAAUUAUAUGAACAAUCAACAAUGUAUAGUGUGAAUGCUUAUUUAAAUUUAUACUUUAUUAAUUUCAUAUUAUAAUAUAUGACAUUCAAUUAUUUACAUACAAAUGUAUGUUUAUUAUAAAUGCAAUGCUCUCCAGUAAUGGAGAAAUGAAAUGACUUAUGUACCAAAUGUAUUUUCUGUUGGUUUGUUGUGAUUGUUUUUAUUAUGAUGUUGAUUUUAAUAAAUGAUUUCCUAUGCUGUA